CCAGACCUUCAGCGUUUUCCCGCCAACUGGGCAUACUUGGAGCCAAAAAUAAUAUUUUCUUCUAAAGUUUCCUCCUGCCCGCCCCCAAGGGGACCCCUCCGCAAGAUCCUUUCGCCCCCGCCUGCCGCGACAACACAUGCAUUUCGCCCACCACCCCGGCUACACCUACGGCAGCAACGACAACCACCUGGUGGACACUCUGAAUCCGGAAAACAUCGAGUUCGAUGGGCCGCCAGCGGCGCGCAAGAUGAUAAUAGGCUCGUUCUCGAUGUUUGUGAUCUUCUCGUACCUGCAGUUGCUCUAUAUACUGGUGGCCAUCUACCUGGCGCUGCACCACGCACACCACUAG